AAUCAUCAGUCAGUUUCAAACAUACGCUCAAAAUGGUCGGUCUCCAAGGGAAUAUAAUUGGUUGGAUCGGAGUUAUCGUAAACCUAAUAUGCUUAUUUGCAGUUGAAAAUUCCCGCUUUGCCAGCAAUGGUAUUGCUGCAUCCUUUGUAUUCAAUUUAAUAGGUUGUUUCAUUUGGCUUGCUGGACUUGGACUUGGAAUGAACUUUAUGGUGCUAGUCUCGAUAAUAUGGUGGACGAUUCCUUUGGUUAUUUGGGCGUUUUGGAUAUCAUUCACAGUGCAUGACAUCUUUGAGGAACAUUCCUCACAUGAGAGUUUUCAUGAAUUCUUUUACAUUGGAAUUUUUAUUUUUGUUUACCAUUCCAUUUAUGAUUUCAUUGCGCUGAAAUAUUACCGAGAACUGAAAAAUGCGAUACUUGUAAACGAGUGCACGCCGAGAAUGAAUAUUGUUUACGCACCAACCACAACGCCUAAUUGUGCGAUUAUUCCUUGAAUUCCUUUUAAGAGAGAUCGCAGAAAAAAUAUAUAACUUUAUAUACAUAUAGGUACAAUAGUUGAAGUGGCAAAACAUUAGAGUGAACAUUUUUGUUAAGAAAGCGUAUGUGAUUUGAGUGAGAAUAAAAAUGUAAUUUUAAAUACGUAAAA